GGCAGUGCUCUUGUUGGGAGAUAGGGAAUGCCCGUUAGUUGCGUCUGCCGAUAAUAGCACAUCAGCCAGUGCACUGCUAUUAGGAGAGCAGAGCGCCGGCAGUGCGGAGGACUGAGCCGCUGAGCACAGAAUGGUUCACUAGAGAAGACAGGCAGAAAGAGACAGAGCGAGAUAGGCACUCUCAGAAAGGCACACAGAGAAAGAGAUAGACCGAGCGGAAGACAGAGCGCAUCAGUGAGGAGAGGAGCGCUGACAGGGAGCGUGGAGAGAGGAGAGAAAAGUUACCAGGUCAGCAAGAGAACCUGGAAGUGGGGCAGCUGAGACUCGCUGGGGUCUCACUCCCACCGGAGCUCAGCAAUAAGCAGGAGGAGAGAGAUAUUACAGGAGCGCUGUAACUUCUUCCCGGUCUUCGGCACAGCUCCUAAAGGAUUAUCACAGCGAGGCAGCAUCAGUGAGCAGAGGACACUUAAACCUGCCAGAGGUGCCUGAGCAGCUCCAUUCAACUCACUUCCUCACAGGAGACUUUCUCAUCCAGCUGUGUGCUUUGAGGUGGAUGUAGUUGUGUUCCGCUGGGUGGCUUUUUUUUUAUCCUUUAUUGCUUCAGAGUGUGGAGCAGUGGAGAUUUGGAGGGCAAGUUGUUCAGUCCUGUCAUCUCUGAGACUAUGGUAGACUGUGCGUCAGAGAGCCCUUCAUCAGCAGCUGCAGCCCUAGAGCAUGGAGAAGUCCAGCAGUGAGGAGUCAGCCAUUCACCGUAGCCCCUCUGUAGACAGCCGUGACUCCGAUUUUGCUCAAGCUUCCACGUCUGGCCGCCCGUUUGGCGGCCGCGGCUUCACUGCCGGCGCUUUCUACGGCUCCACGGGGCCACGCAAAAACGCACAGCAGGGGCAGGCUGGAGCGGCAGCUGACAGCAGCGCAGGAGACAAGACCAACAACAAGUACAGCUCACCCAAAGGCAGCAAAUACGUAGUCUUUUACCUGGAUCUAUCCUUUGUGUUCCUUUUAGAAUUCAAGAAGUGCAACAUGGCAAGAGGCUGCCUCUGCUGCUUGAAGUAUAUGAUGUUCAUCUUCAAUCUCAUCUUCUGGUUAUGCGGCUGUGGGCUGCUCGGCGUGGGCAUCUGGCUCUCUGUGUCUCAGGGCAGCUUCGCCACCUUCUCACCCUCAUUCCCUUCACUGUCAGCUGCCAACAUGGUCAUCGCCAUCGGCGCCAUCGUCAUGGUAACGGGCUUUCUUGGUUGCCUGGGUGCCAUCAAGGAGAACAAGUGCCUGCUUCUGAGCUUCUUCAUUGUCCUGCUGAUAAUUCUUCUGGCAGAGCUGAUAUUGCUCAUCCUGUUCUUUGUGUACUCAGAUAAGGUGAGUGAGAAUGCUAAGCAGGAUCUGAAGGAUGGGCUGGCUCUCUACAACUCAGAGAACAACAUAGGACUGCGAAACGCUUGGAACAUCAUCCAGGCAGAGUGGAAGUGUUGCGGUGUGAUAGCAUACACUGACUGGCAUGAGGCCCUGAAGGAGAAGGUAGUUCCUGACCGCUGCUGCCAGGAACAUUACCAGAACUGUGGGCGAAACUCCACCAACAUGUUCUGGAACAGGGGCUGUUUCGAGAAAGUGGAGGAAUGGCUGGACGAUAACAAGCAUCUGCUGGGAACCAUAGGGAUGGUCAUCUUGGUAGUGCAGCUGCUGGGCAUGGCGUUCUCCAUGACACUGUUCCACCACAUCCACAGAACGGGGAAGAAGUACGACGCUUAGCCACGGGCAGAGGCACCCAACGGAGAAGAGCCCCACUGCCUGAUGGGAUAAGACUCUGAUUUAAACAUCCCCGCUUCCCACUCACUUUACAACCUCUUUAGAGCAUCCUUUGCUCCCGUCUUCUCCUCCCUUCCCAGACCUUCUGUACAGAUUCCAGCUGUGUUCCCGCUCUGUUCUGCUCUCUCCUCUCUCACCAAUCAUUUUGCCAAAGAGUAACACAACUGGAAGAGAAGGGACACCUACUUUUGGCAAGGAUAAGAGAAUCCCAUUGUCUGUAACUCCUCUCAAGUACUCUUCGUUUUUAUUUUUUUAUUUUAUUUUGUCUUCUUUUUUCUCGCUCGGACUAACAAUUUGUUGGAAGGAAGGAUGAACUCUUGAGACAAUGAAGACUUUUACUAAUGCCCAUACACCCCCUUCUCCAAGACAAAGAGAACCUAUGAAACUGAAAGCACCCUCCACCUCUUGUGGGAUUAUUUUUUUUCUCCCUCGUGUAGAUUAAAAUCAAGCCCUCUCUCCCUCUUGUAAAUGAGAAAAAAGAUUCAACAUGGCAUGCUUGUUUUCUACUUCACUGACUUACCUUUGUUGUCAAAAUGUCUAUUGUUGCCAUUUUUGUUAGAAAUUUCCAACUUUAUUUUUGGUUUUGUUUUCUGAAGUCCAUCUUCGUGGCUCCUGUGGAAUGUAAAUGUUGGACAGAUCAGUGCAAUGAGCUCUCAGACAUGCAGGAACUGUACGUGUGUGUAGGUUGGAUUUAACGUGAUGUUGCUAUGAGGAGGUACAGACGUGUCAAGGUGGGUUUUAAUGUAAUCCAUGAUUCAUAUUAUUUUGCCCUUCGGCUUUAGAGAUUUGGGUAAAGUGAGUGUGAUAGAGGAACAUCAUGGAAGGAAUCAUGAGUGGAUUUAUUUUCCACCAAAUUCGACAAUAUCUCCUGAAUAAUGAAUUGCAGCGCACAAAUCUCCCUGUGAACUCACACACACACAUAUGCACACAUGCUUUACCCCACAGCAGCAGUAUUCUCAUUCCCUGAGAGACAAUACAAAUGGGGUAAAAUGGCUGUUUAUUAGGGCUCCACCAGCACUGUCAGCCAAGGAGAUCUGGGUGAUAAAGUUCUUCCUUCAAGAAUACACUGCAUAUGUGUGUGUGUGUGUUUUAUCACACAGUCCAAGCUGCAGAGGAAAAUAAAAAAUAAAACAGUACAUGGCAGUGCUCAGAAGCAAGGGUAAGAGGGGUAAAAACGCUACAGAGAAGGCUUCGGCCUUUCCUCUCUGUAUUCUGAAGCUCUCAUCCAUUCGCUCUCCCCCUCUCAUUCUUUCUCUCUGUGGCUGUCAGUUCAGCCAAGCUUCCAUCUUUCUUUCUUACACCCUAAUUUUUUUUCUUCGUGUCAGGAAGCAACGAAUUUGCUGCUCUGCAUGCUGUCUGUCUGUACUGACAUUCCCCGCUCAUUACGCUGUUGCACCUCCGGUUUUGCGAUUUCUCGAUUUUUACGUAAGCUUCCUUUUCUCGCCGCCAAGAGAGGAGGGGGAGGUGGGAGUGUAGGCAGAUGAAGGAGACAGAUAGGUAUGGCAACAUACCCUGUAGGACAUGUCGCUUUAUGUCCUCUUACCACUGAUUCGCUGCGGGAGACCUCAGCAUCAAGCCUACAUCCUGAAGACAGAAAAAUGCUCCACAUCAGCUGUGGUGACUUAGUGUGUCUGCUCUUGGCUUCAAAAUCUCUGACGAGGUGGCGGUAUAAAGAAUAGCUCAUUGUUAAAGGAUCAUUUUGAGCAUCAUUAGGUUGUGUUCGGUCAGAUAUUGCACCGUUGCACUCUCCUGAGUAAAUACGAUUAGACAUCUGAGAGGACAGCUGCAUUACUGUGAGUCCAACACGGAGAAAAAAACCAAGCAGUGAAGCGAUGAGAGGGGCUGUAAAGAAGCCAGCAGUUCAACCAGAUUAGCUACUUAAUUCAAACCGUGUCUGCACAUCCUCACCGAGUACAACACGGGUCACUGUUGAAUUAGAAAAUCAGUUAGGAUGCUUCCAACAGACAGUUUGGUCAGCGGCCUUCACUUUAAACUAAAACAGGUUUGGUUGCAUAUUAAACACAAAGGAUCAAACCCACGGAGGAAGAAAAAUAACAUCUGUCUGUCUGAUUUCCUACGCUCAUUCGUUCCUCUUCUUCCAACUCUCAGUCUUCCUAUUAGUUGCUCCUCUGCCAUCUUCGUUUUUGAUUUUCUGCUGCUGCUGCUCUGACUCUUCAUUGUCCUCAUUUGCCACACCGCCUGGCUUCCCUCCAUCUGGCUUGGCAUUUUGUUUGAUUAGAGAUCCAUCCAUUUUUAUUAUUCUUGUGCUACAUGUUAGCGAGGAUGAGACCGGGCGAGCAGCGUUGCCAGAUUGGUUGCAGUUGCCUUCCUAUUAAUUUAGCAGCAAUUAUUUAGGAAAGUUAGUAAAAACAAGCAAACAUAAAGGAAAAGAAACUUAGAUUCUUUCAGUGCAGCACAAUGUGUAUAUAGUGAGGACUUAUUUUAAUCAGCCCAAAGCUCAGAACAGCAGUUUUGCAUUGUGGUUUGCUAGAAGCAGAGAGUUUACAGCCUAUACUGCCAUCUCAUGCAUGGUUGGUGCAGCUGAUUUUAGCUUCCACAGGAGCCCCUCGAUUAAACUUUCAUGGGGCCUGAAGUGGCUGCAUUCUAAAUUUUCAUCCAAAGUACUCACUGGUUGCUUUGAAGGAAUCCAUGACACCGUUCAUUCCUGCAACACGGGCCGACAAAGAAAGAGAUUCACUCAUUAGAUGUCUUCCCAGCCUGGCAGAAUGUUUGCCUCAGAGUAUCUCCUCCAGUCAUUCUUGGUGUUUUUUUAAUUGGUUUUGUGAUAAUUUAAUCUGAGGAGCAGUUUUAGGAAGAAGAGAGGAGGGGGCAGGAGUUCAUGCAUCGGGAAGCAACAAAUUUGGGCUGUGAUGUGCAGUGACCCCGUUGGCUGUGAUACACUGUCUGCUCCCGUAUGCUCUGACUCCUCUUGUUGUGUCCACAGGGGGAAACAUGACAGCUGCUGAUGUACAGCACAGGCACGAGUGGUCACAUCUCCUCUGCUCGGCUGCCUCUGCAAACUCUGCACAGCCUCUUAUUUAAUGCCUCACUCUGCAGACACCUGGCACUACAUAUACGGGAGCUGGCAGUCCUGACACUUUAGCAAUACAGCCGUGCACUCUGGACAGCUCCAAGCACCUGUUGGGGUUAUUCUGCACCCAGGAGAGGUUUAUAGGUGGAAUCGCUCUAACAGUUCUGUAAAUCGGCCCUCAUUGCAUCCGUUCUGCACACAGGAGGUUUAGAGGGAACCUGAGAUUUAAAAAUACUUUGCUGAGUCGCUUUGGGUUUAAAAAAAUCUUCAAAAAUGGAGGUCACAGAAGGAAAGCAUGAGAGUGCAGAAUGGUGGAAAUAAAACAAAUCCAGUCUCCAAAUGUGACGUCACACUUCAGAGACGCAGCCUGCAGACUCUUUGCCCUAGACUGAUCUGACUGUGCCGACAUUCUGACAUUUCCUCCCCUUUCAGCUCUGCUGCCACCGCCGUUUUUUGUCAAUGUUCCUUUCGUGUUUUUAGAAUGCAGGGAUGAAUGCCAUUUUAACAAAAAAAGCUCUAUAAUGAUGUUAUUUUUGUACAUUGGUUGUUGGCGUUUUAAUGUUUGUUUUUAUACGAUAUACUGCUGUUUCUCAUGUUGUAGGCUGUUUUUUUCUUUUUCCAUUUGUGACAGAGGCUCUUUGUGGCCCAUUGUGAGAACAUGACACCAUUAAGCAUUUGUUUCUUAGAGGAUUAGUCUUUGCAGUGUUCCUCUACUAGGUGCAAAAAUGCCUUUCUGUCUUAACACUGCUACAGGCAGUUAAAUCAAUUAAGUCAGAACUGAUAGAGGGAGAAAAUUUGGCAUAGAGCAUUGGGUGAAGCCCACAAAAGACAUACUGCACGCUUGUCGUCGUGCUUCUCUGUAUUAAGGUCUAGUUUAAUUAAAUUAGGAUGUGCGGGUAUAAUCUGCAGUAUGUCUUUAAAACUGCCGGUGUAAGGCCCAUUAUGUAUUUCUAGAGCAUGAUCUAUUAGACGACACUGUACAACAGAGCUCAUGUCACUCCAGUAUAUCAGCCCUGUAUGUUAAACCCAGAUGUAAAUAUGCUCAUUUUGCAGCGGAUAUAACGAACUGUUAUACUUUACCACUUACAGUAUUUACAUUGACAGCUUCAUUUUCUAACAAGCCGUGUUCUUUUUUCUGCUCAUUUACAGACACAUCUUCUUCCGCUCUCAUGUUAGCCACAUUAUUUUUCUCCCAUGUUUGCUCGAUUUUCUGAUGCUUUCAAGUUCAGGAGCAGUGUAAAUUUUAUGUAAAUUUGUGUUUUUGUCAGUAUGUUUAUUUCCUAUUUUAUUUGACUGCAUUUUCAUCUUGAAGUGAAACGUAUUUCUUUCACGAUUUCAAGUUCAGAAUAUACUCUCAUCUAUAGAAGAACUCCCAGGAAAAUACAGACGUGGUAACGGAAGAAUGCACAUGCAGUAAUUGGUUUUGACUGCUGUGAUGAAAUUCCAACAUAGAAACUGUUUUUUUUUCUUUUAUAAUUUUCUUUAUUUUUUUGCCACCUUCGACAUAUUAUUUCUGUAAUCUCCUCCUAAUCCUUCCCCCGUGCUAAAGCUGAAUAUCUGAGCAGUGGAAAUGUAUGCUCUAGAAAUGCUGUGUUUGAUGUUGUGUUCUGCUGGGUGGCACUAUCUGAUACCUGCCAGCCUUGUCCUGUGGAGUUUUCUGCUACACGUGAAAGCACUCUGAAUAUCUAUACUAGGUGGUGCACUACCUUCUCUUUAUUCUCGAGAAUCAACUAUUUUUUAAAUAAAGGAAAGAGUGUCACAAAAAAAUCCCACAAUACCGUACGCUCAUUGCCUUUCAUGUUUAAUGACUCGAUGGUCCCGAUGUAUUCCCUUUUUUAUGUCGCCGUCAAUUAUAUAGGCAGCAUUUAAGCACUGUUUGAUUCUGAUGAUUUGUGGAGCCGGAAGAGUUGGCAUGAAGAGCAAAGUGAAGUUGUGUCACAGCAGAUCCCAUGGUGUGUUGAAUGAAAGACAUCCCUGCCUUAAACUGGCUUCUUUUAACACAAAAAAGUAACAAAACCUGAGGGACUGUUGUCCUAAAGACGCUGAGAUGAGCUGAUGGUAGUCAGCCAGUCGAGCAGACGCUUUUUUCAAAAGAACAAAAGGAAGAUGAUGAAAGUGGGAACCAUUGCCAAUUUGUCUCAUGCUUCAGCAGCGUGGAGUGAGCAGCACAGUAUUUUUGUAAGGAGCUUGAUCCCCCUCCCUUUUAACCUAAUUGUUAUGAGGCCCGUGUAUGAUAGUGAGUGGAGUUUAUUGUGCCAUUCCACCCUGGCUUUUUGUUCUAGAUCACUGUUCCUUCUAUGCAAAAAUAUGACCUAUUUUAGCCUUUGUACAGAUUAUUUUGUAUGAGUAACAUGUACUGAAAUAAAGUGAACAGAAUCAACCAUG